UCGCUUCCUCCGCAUCGCCUCAUUCAAUCCUGUAAAACCAGGUGGAAUUCAGUCUGCGACAUGUUUGAGCGCCUGGUUGAACAGCGAUGGGCUGUGUCAGCCGUGCUAUCAGACCGAUCCGUGACAAAACUGGCAGAUUCGAGGACGCUGGAGUUGAGAGACGACUACUGGCAGCUAAUGGAAGAUAUGGCACCCGUGUUGGGAACAUUGAAGUGUGCAACUACGGUGAUGUCUGCGGAGUCGGAGGUGUCAAUCUCAAACACGUACCCCAUCACGUUCAGUCUAAUCAACACUCACCUCAGCGCUUCAGACGAGGACAGCCCCAAAGUCGCAGACUUCAAGGAAAAAGUGCGAGAUUCGCUGGGCGAGCGCAUGAAGAUUCAGUCUGAUGACCUCAACACAUCCACCCCUAUGAUCGCAACAAUGCUUGACCCUCGUCACAAACACCUGGGAUUUCUUCCUCCAGCUACCAGGAAGUCAGCUCAUUCCAUGCUGCUUCAAAUGGCUACAGCCGAACGCGACAGCAUCACUGCAGGUGCCGCCACCGCUGGAGACGACGGUAACACUGUCCAUACAGGGCCUCAGCGACAUGGGGCUAAGCCUACAUCUGCUAUGAGUUUACUUCUGGGUGAAACCUAUUCCGAUGCCCGCAAAGAUGACGUGGAGAGUGAAGUGGAUAUGUACUUAAAGGACCCUCCUGCACCACUUGAGUCUAGCCCCACGUGCUGGUGGAAAGUGAAUGAAAGGAGGUUUCCGACACUGGCAACACUAGCAAAACGGUAUUUGUGUACGCCAGGCACAUCAGUCCCCUCUGAGCGUGUGUUUUCAGUAGCUGGGCUCACUGUAAACAGGCUACGUACACGCCUUACCCCAGAGCACGUUAACAUGCUAAUUUUCUUGAACAAAAAUAUAUAGAACCUAGGCCUAGGUCAAGUUGUGAUGUGCCACAUUUCAGUUAGGAGAGGGUAAUAUUGAAUCACCACUUUAUUUGAUUGUUCUGGUUUGAGGCCCUGUAAUGUUAUGCUAUGUUGUUGUGUUCAGUGACCCUGUGAACGUUUCAUUCUAUUUUGCUGUAACCCUAUACAAAUUGAGGUAGAAAUAUGUUGUGGAUGUUUCAUUUUAGGAUUGUUGAGGAUUACCCAAUUAAUAGCCUAUGCAGUUUCUUUCUAACCUAUAGGCUCAAUAAUAUUCUGUUUGGCUCUCUAUUUAAUUUCUUCUAUUCUCUUUUUAUGUCUGUUUCAAAUGCAAGAACUGAGCCAGGUUUUUUUUUAAUUAAAGAUUUUGUUUUACCUUAAAAACGUGUCUGCUUUCUUCUCCUAAUGCAUAAUUACUUGAGGAAUGUAUAAUAUAAUACAAUAUAAUUAUGGUAUCAUAAUGUUGGCUAAUGUAAUAUAAUACCUCAAUUAUAUUAAGGCCCUAUUGAAGCCCUGAAAUUCAGGUGAAAAACGCCGCUUAUCAAUUAAUCGAAAGUCGAUCGAUAAGAUAAUCAACUAAUGAUUAAUGAAUUAAUCGAUAAUUUG